GAUAAUUAAACUUUCUUCUUCUUCUUAGUUCUAAAUUCUUACUCACUCCAUCUCUUCCUCCAUUCUUACAAUCUUACUACCUCGGUUUCUCCGCAAAGGACGAGAGAAACCGAGGACGUACUAUACAAUAUUUACAACAUUAUGGAUUCUAGUAAUUGUCUUUUUAGUUAUGUUGUAUCAUUGAUUCUGGUUUUUUUAGCCGUUGCAUCGGCUGGCCCUCUCAGACGUGCUGCGAACCCACAUUGGCACUCUGCUUCCGCUACUUGGUAUGGUAGUCCUAACGGAGAUGGUAGUGACGGUGGAGCAUGCGGGUACGGAACGAUGGUAGAUGUGAAGCCAUUCAGGGCCCGAGUUGGGGCCGUGAGUUCAGCCCUAUUCAAAAAGGGCGAAGGUUGUGGCGCCUGCUAUAAAGUAAGAUGUUUGGACAAGACUAUUUGCUCAAAACGGGCCGUGACAGUUAUUAUUACCGACGAAUCACCGGCCCUAACUAAAGGUCUAGUCCACUUCGACCUUAGUGGGUCUGCGUUCGGACGCAUGGCUAUUUCGGGUCGUAACACUAACCUCCGCAACCGUGGUAAAAUAUUCAUCAUUUACCGCAAGACUCCUUGUAAAUAUCCUGGACAAAACAUUGCAUUUCAUGUAAAUGCAGGAUCAACAGCAUAUUGGCUCUCUCUUUUGGUGGAAUUUGAGGAUGGAGAUGGUGAUAUUGGAUCCAUGCAUAUUAGAGAGGCAAGGUCAAAUCAAUGGUUAACCAUGACACAUUUAUGGGGUGCAAAUUGGUGCAUUAUUGGUGGACCAUUACAAGGACCAUUUUCAGUGAAGUUAACAACACUAUCCAAAAGGAGAACCCUAUCAGCUAGAGAUGUUAUUCCAAGUAAAUGGACUCCUAAGGCCACAUAUACAUCUCGACUUAACUUCUUAAAGUAGUUUUUUUUUUGACUUCUAUCACAACAUAGAUUUUAAAUCUUGAAUCCGUCUCUUUCGACAGAUUCAGAAGAAAUAAAAUAUUAAAAAUUCGAUAACAAUAUCAAUCGCUUGUAUUUUUAAAAAAAGGGAAAUCAGCCUUUGGAUUAGUAUAAUAAGUAUCCAAUGCUCAUUCUUUUUUUUUUCUUUAUUAUUGAUGUAAUUUUGUUUCUUUUUUUCCUAUUAUUUUGUAAAAUGCUAAUAUAAGGUUUGUUAAUAGUAGUAGCCCUCUCCAAAGGAGAGUGAGCCCUUUAUGUUUU